UUGUGUCGUGCAGACCCAGUCACAGAUUCAUUCAUCGAUUGCAGGGAAAGAAAGAGUAAGGCAGCACAUACCGCGCAACCAGAGGCAUCCAAAGCAUCCACUCAAGGAUGGAGCGACUGCUGACCAUGUUCGAGGAGGCGGAUCCCUUCGCCACGUGGUGGCCCACGAUAGCGGCCCUCACGGUGGGCAUUGUGAUUACGGUGCGGACCUUAAUGAGCGGCCAGCGCUGUCCGAACGAUAAUCAAAUCAAGGAGCAAAUCGUGGUGGUCACCGGCGGCAACGGCGGCAUUGGCUUCGAAAUAGCCCAGGCCCUGGCUGGCCGAGGUGGCCGUGUAAUCCUCGCCUGCCGCAAUCUCGAGGCCGGGAAGCGGGCGGCGGCCAUAAUCAAACGUGAGCUGGGCUGCCGCACACCACUGAAUUCCUUGGACGAGGAUGACAAUCCGGCGGACAGAUACUUCGUGGAGGCACGCUACUUGGACCUCUGUUCGCUGCGCAGCGUCCAUCACUUUGCCGGCCAGCUGAUGGCGGAAUUCGAGCGGAUCGAUGUGCUGGUGAACAAUGCCGGCGUGGUAUUCGCCAACACCCAGGUGCCCACUGAGGAUGGCUUUGAGCGGCACAGCCAGGUGAACUAUCUGGCCCCCUUCCUGUUGACCCACCUGCUCCUGCCACACCUGCAACGCUCGGAGCAGGGCCGCAUCCUCUUCGUUUCCGCCCAUGCCCACCAGGGCGCCAAAAUCGAUUUCGACGAUCCCCUGAAUGUGGGCACCUGGUCGGUGAAGUUCCACGCCCGCGAAGCAUUCGCCCACUCCAAGCUCUGCGUGCUGCUCGCCACCCGUUGGAUGGCCAGGGAACUGAAAGGUACCUCGGUCACGGUCAACUGCUGUACGCCAGGACUCGUCCGUGGAACCCGCCAUUUUCGCAACUCGCCGCUGAUGUCGUCCCUCUGCGUGAAGGCGGUCACCUACCCGUGGAUGUGGCUGUUCAUGAAGAACGCCUACGAGGGCGCCCAGUGCGCCAUCCGCUUGGCCACCGAUCCCCAGCUGAAGGAAGUCACCGGCGAGUACUUCAAUGAUUGCGAAAUUGCGGAAAGUUCGGUGACGGGCCAAGACAAGGAGUUGGCCAAGAAGCUAUAUAUGCAAACCAUAAAAACCCUCGAAAGCGUUACCAAGCUAACCGUCGACAGGGAGGAAUACGGCUUGGAUUUGCAGCUGGAGAUGGAGUCUGAGCUGAGGCUGGAGGCCCCGGCGGAAGCGGAACCGGAAACGGAAACGAACCAGGCAGCGGAUGAAAAGAAGUGGCAGGGGAAUGGAGAGACGGAGCAGCCGUAGUCAUUGGAGUGAUUUAUGCCUGGCACGCGGCCCGAGUUCCUUGGAGACUGCCAACUGCAACGUCUAUUUGCAUUCGGUUUAACAAUUGCCGCAUUAGGCAGCCUGCCUUCACC